UGGCGUCCUACACCAGGCUCGGAGCCUCACGAGAACGUGAUUCUAACAUUAAAAACAUCCGCGAACCUUCCUUCGACCGUUAGCAAUACGCAACGAAGCAAUUUGAUCAACGAAAAUCGCCUCCGUGCUCGAUGUUGUUUUCCAUCAGAUGUCAUCUUCGAGCCUUAUCUUCGGUUACGGUGGGACAGAAAGAAAUACAAGGUUUGAGUAAUCAUUGGAUCUAUGAAGCCCCAGGCAAGCCUCAUGUGGCAUGAUGUAAGGGUGACACGAUCGCUCGCAGACCUCCCCUUCACCUGAUUAUGCUUGAUGGCCCCGAAAUCUGUCCCCACCUUCUCAAUUAGGGAAAGACGGUCCACGUCCAUCCGAGAAAUAAUUGUUUGUCAGAAUGGAAUGGCGGAAGGCGAGGACGGACUCGCUUUGUCCUUCUCCCGAGUCCUCAAGAGUAUCUGUCCCAAAAGCGGACGGGAAAAUAUCCCUUGCAAUCUCGAUGUUACCUCGCGCACACAACGUACUUGACGGGCCGAUUCAACUCGUUGGCGAGCCAGUUGUGCACCGAGGGCUCAAUAAUCGACCUCUGCUAAGCUUCCUCUUCUCACUUUUCGCGGGUCAUGCGAGAGUGAGGGCGAGUCGUCGUCCAAUUGCCCAGAGCCGAUUCAACUGGACAUCCUUUUUUACCCUCUUUCCGCCGUAGGAAAGCAGGGCUCACUUUGAAAAGCGAACGAGCACCUUUAGAGUCGAGGCAGCGAGUUGAUAAUAGGGUGGAGAGCUGAUGAGCAGAUGAUGUUCGAUGCUCGAUGCACUAGAGGAUCACUUCUCGAUAGAAAGCGCUCCUGACACAAUGACACUUGCUUGUUCGUUGAAUCAACUUGGAACAGUAAAAGUUGCAUUUCCAUCUGAGCCGAGUGUCUCCUGCAAGACAACUAUUUGGAGAGAUGCAGAUCUGAGUCUCGGAGCGUGGAGCAACUUGAGGCCGUGAGUAGUUGAGCAAGGGACGAGAGUAACUAGGACGACAUCAUUCCCUCGUUUUGACCUUUGUGCUCUCCCGUCUUUUGAGACAUCAUUUCUCCUUCUUUUCCUUCCGCCACUUCUCCCUCAUGCGGUCGCUCGUUCUCAACAUGUCAUCUUCGAAAUUUGUGAUAUAUUCUGGAGCCCUUUUCGAACCGAAUCACACGGAGUUAGAAUAAUUAUGUAGUAUUUGGUUCAUGUCUCCAUGUGCAUACGUUGUUUGCCAAAUAAUAAGAAAUUGUCCAGUGCAUGAAUACAAUC